AGAGAUAGAUACGGUUUUCAGAAAGCAACACAAUGGAUUUCACUUCAGACAUAUCACGACUUUGAAAAGUAUUAUCAACCUAUAUUGGAAAGAAGACAGUUAAGAUGGCAACAACUCUUGGAUGAUUAUGAUUCAAAAUUUCCAGAUCGAUGUACUCAAGUGAAACGAUACAUUCGAAAAGGGGUACCAUCUCCUUUAAGAGGUCGUGUUUGGUUCCACUAUAGCGGUGCUGAAGCAAAAAUGGACGGCAACCCUGGGGUAUAUCAAAAAUUCUUGAAACGAGCACAAGAAAUGGGUGAUGAAAACGAAUUUGCUGAUCUGAUUGAACGUGACCUUCAUCGUACAUUUCCCGACAAUAUCCAAUUUAGCAAAGCAGCAGCAGAGGCAUUAGCAACAACAUCAACAACAAUGACAAAACCGCCAGCAAUCGAUGUAUUACGACGUGUUUUAUCAGCAUUCUCGGUAUAUUGUCCAUCAGUAGGUUACUGUCAAUCAUUGAAUUAUUUGGUAGGCAUGCUUUUAUUAUUUUUGAAGGAAGAAGAAACAUUCUGGUGUUUGGUGACGAUAGCCCAAAGUAUUCUACCUGCUGGCGUCUAUGAUGUGACUAUGGAAGGUGCAAGUAUUGAUCAAGCUGUACUGAUGAUGUUACUUUAUGAACGAAUGCCUCAAUUAUGGUAUAAGAUGACUCCCAAGACUUUUUGGGAAGCUGAAGCUGAUGGUGUCUCUAUGCCAACUAUUACUCUGGUAACAAGUCAUUGGUUCCUCACCCUUUUCAUCAAUAUUUUACCAACUGAAACUGUGCUUCGUGUAUGGGAUUGUUUCUUUUAG